GAAGAUAUCGAUCAUUUGCAUUAUUCUGGGGGGUAUUGUAUUUUCAAAACUCAUCAUAUUAGUGUUUUGUUUGAAUCAAAUUUCCUAUUCAUUCGUUGAAAUGGAAUAAAUAAUUCAUUUUCUUACUAAACCCUUAAUUCAAAAACACAAUUUUUGCCAAUAUGUAAUUGACAUUAGAUUUUUAUAUCAUUAGCAGGCCUUAUCUAUAUUGUGUCCAUUCAAGCAUGCAUAAACUAGUUGCUAAUUUCAGAAUAUAGCGUCUGACGUGACCGAUCUCAGAUACUUCACUUCAAUUCAGCACAGCGCUAAAGAUUGCAAGGAUUCCGUUUGUUUGUUGUGUGGACCUGACCUGCCCCGGGUUACAGCGGGAGCGUUCGCCGGCGCGGCCGGCCGAGAGUUUGUUACGUGAGUUAAGUGCUGCGGCCGUCGACGUGCUAAAGGAUCGAUGACGACGAUCAAUAAAAACUAAUAUUUUGCCGAUUUGUGAGGCGAAUAGCUGUGGAAAAUAGAAAAUUAACAACUAAGCGAGACGUCCUUUCCAAUUUCUAUCUUGAAAUAUUUCAAAAUGACGUGAUUUUGCGAAUAUGAAGACAUCCAGAAACUGCUGAUUUUCGACUUGUGUCGUGAGUCUUUUCAACUCCAUUGGCAGUAAUGUUAGACGAGAUGGUCUCUUAUCAUAUCAACUUUUGUGAUUUAUUUUGAGAAGAAGGCAAAGUGGCACGUGGUGGUUCUUUCCAAAUGGAGGGAAACCUAAAGGAAGACACCAUGGAAUACAUAGAAUAUCCUGAGUAUGCAGAUAUUAUGGAAUUAUUCAUCGAGACGUUGACGGGAACUGUGUUCGAACUGCGAGUAUCGCCAUUCGAAACUGUGAUUUCAGUCAAGGCUAAAAUACAGAGAUUGGAAGGUAUCCCUAUCUCCCAGCAACAUCUCAUUUGGAGAUCUGUAGAGCUUGAGGACGACUACUGUUUACAAGACUAUGGAAUUCCACCAUCUGCAUCUCUGAAGUUAGUCUUGGCAAUGAGAGGAGGUCCUAUCAAUACACGGAGAAUUCCAAUGGAGGAUCCAGCAAUCCGUGAGAUGGCAGAAUAUAUGGAGGCAAAUAAGGAGGAGAUUUGGGAGAAGCUACCUGGGAAUCGCCAAGUCACGCUCCUUGUCUUCCGGGAAGGAGACCAACUCAAUUUCUUUCGAGUUGUUGAUAGGGGAGACGGGACACUAACCCCUCUCUCAGAAUCAUUAAGUGGUGCUUCUGUUUGUAAUGUCGGUGAGGAGGAGGAAGAAGAGAAGAAGAAUCCUCAACCAGCUGAAGAUCAGACUGUCACAGAGGAGAAUGACCUCACUAUGGGAAAGAUGAAACUCCUUAGGGCCAAGAUGGAAAAUUUAUCCGUUGGCAAAAAGAAAACAACAAAGACAUCAAGACCACCAAGUAGCAGUAGACCAAAAAGUUCAGGACUGAGGAGACACUUCUCAGCUAAGAAGGGUAGCCAAUCACUCAGCAAGACAAGCCCUCUUCCUCCAGUUGGAACAACAAUACUUCCACCUGUAGGGGGCGUUGCAGUUUCUACAGGCAACAGCAAUGACAAGUUGCCAACGCCGAGGACACCUCGUAUUGGAUCAUCUGCUAAUGGACUGGGCAUGAGGACAAGGACAAAGCCCGAAAUUGUUCCCCAAGCGAGGGCAGCAGACAUUACGCAAAUUGGUGCUACGACAAACCCUGUGGCUAUGUCAGCGUCAGCCGGCAUGAGCAGUCGGAGCAAGAGCCGAACAUUGAGACUCAGUAGUAGCAAGGAAAGCAGGCAUAGCCCCGUCCCACCGCCGUCGUCCCAACGAGCCCUUGAAAACCUGACUGGUGCCAAGUUGCACCACUCGUUCCGCAAUCGAACUAAUGCAUACCCGCACCCCCCUUCCACGCAGAGUACCUUUAUCCAGGAGUUCAGGCCAACCACCUCGUCCAAUCUUGCCGAAGCCCAGGUCGCGUCCGACGCCAGUCGUGUCCCGGAACGCAUGAACCUCAAAACCGCAGAUGCCCGUAUGGUUACCCAACUCGUAAAUCAAGCUAAUCGGGAAGGCAAGAUAAACAAUAUUGUGAGGUCGGGACACCGUGAGAGCUCGCAUACAGGGAAACGAAGUGGACAUUCAAGAGUUACUUCAGGGGGCAUGACACUAUCUCAUGCUCUUAAUUCAAGCAAUGGACUAACAAAUGCCAUUAGUGAAGACAGGAUAAGAACUCCAGAUGCCAGGAAAACUCUUAUAUCUGCUCACAGUAUACGAGGGAGGUUAUCUGGCAGUAAGGAAGGCAGGUUAUUAACAUCUCCAGCUCAUCGUCUGCCACCAGUGUCCAAACCGCCACCUAUCAGCUCCACUAAGAAGAAGGCUAGUAAGAGAUGCUUUCACUGCAACAAGAAGACUGGCCUUGCCACCAGUUAUUCAUGCAGGUGUGGCCAUAAUUUCUGUGCCAGUCAUCGCUACGCGGAAGCCCACAACUGCGGCUAUGAUUACAAGACAGAAGGAAGGAAACUCCUGGAACAGAGUAAUCCCCUCGUCAGUGCACCAAAACUACCCAAGAUUUAACAUUACGUCACCUAUAUUCAAAAUGUGUCACAUGUUAUUACGUUACUACUACAUAUAAGAAAAUGAACAUUUCUCUCAGAAGAGAGAUUAUGUAAGGUAAAAUUAUAUAUUCAUAGUAGACAGGAGCAACAUUGAUUUUUAUUUUAAGAGUCAUUUAUUAAUCAGAAAGAGGAUUAGAUGGAAUCAGCAUUGAUUUUGCACAGAGUGCAUUCAAAGUAUUAGGAAAAAUGAUAAUUGGGAUAAAGUGUGUUCAUACUCGCAUCAGAAACGUUCAACACAAACAGCUUUAAUCUUUGCACUAAUGUACAUACCACUAUUAUCAUAACACACAUUGAUAUUUGUGUAAUAUUACUUUUUAGCAAAGCCACUCAGACUUGAAAUAUCAUACUUCUUAACCUUCUAUCCUGAUUCCUAUUCUAAGGACUUGAUGGAUUAAUUCAAAGCAUACUAUUUAUCAUACUCAUGGAGUAGAUUGAAAAGUACUACCAUUGUAUCAGUUUACCUCUUAAAUUAAUUAUCCAGGUUGUGAUCUGUCCAAACUUCACUCUGUGCACCCAAAGCUUUAGUUGAACAAAAGUACAUGACAUAUAUAACCAUUUAGAAUCUGUUAUACAUGUAGAGGAAUGUAUUGUACUUCAUUAUAACUCAUUUUGAGGAGGAAAAAAGCAACUGCACAAUUAGUUCUUUAUUUUUGAAAGAAAACAUUUGAAAACUUCAAUAUGAUUGAUGUUGGAGCUUAAAUUUUUGAAUGCUGCAAAUAUCAGCUUUUACAGGAGUUUCGUACUGCUGAAUACUAUGUAAAUGGUUUUUUAAAAAUCAAUUAUUACUUUUGCCACACGAGAAACAGUUGACUAAUAAUUGCCAUGUGGUUUAGAAUGCAUAGAAACUUUGUUAAAGAUAACAUGCGGAAGCUUACUAAAAAGAAAAAAGUGCAAAAAUGUUGUAAUCUUAUUGACAACAACCUAAAUCUUUCCGUAAGAAUGGGUCUAAAUUACUUGUUUGUAUGAAAGAAUUGCAAAAUAUGAAUGUCAAAAUAACUGCAACUGCUGUGUACUGUACUUCAUGGGGUUUUGUGUAUUUGGUUGUUAUUUGUUUGCCAUUGUUGGGGUUGAAAAGGUAGUUCUUUGAAACACAGUGUCACUAAAGAUAUAGACAAAAUAUUCAUUCCAGUAUGGUUCAAUAGACUAUCUUGAGCAGCACUUACUGUUACAACACUAACGCACAGUACACACUAAAAGCUAACGGACAAGAAUUAAGUGUUUGGAAUCAUCGUUUGGAAGUUCCCAAGUCAUACUUUUAUUCUGUCUGAGAAGUUAGCCAAUAAGCAGGGGAGUGCUGUCAUGAAGUCAAUAUUCUGUGAUUUUCACUGAUUGAAUUUGCUCUGAGCCAAUCAGGUGUGAGUAUUUUAGUAGCUUAUAACAGCUGUCAGUGAAUAAUCACUGAGUAUAUGUUUUAUGAAAUGCCCCCCAGUUCAUUCCCCCUUCUUUAAUCCAGUAUAUCGCAUAGAGGUAGUAUAUUCAUGCAAAUCAAUUUUUUUAAAGGAUUUUGUUUUGUUACAUGUACUUAUCUAACAUUUAACAUAUCCACAAAGAUUCGCAACAGCUUUAUAGCUUUCCUUUAUUAUUCAUUUGUGGUAGUUAAUGGAAGUGAAAAUUAUUUAUUAUUAUCAUUGCUUUCCAAAUUAUGAAAUAUGAAAAUAAAUUACUGUAAACAAUUAGUGUUGCAUAUAUUCCUUUGAAAGCUACAGAUUUGUUUACAAGAUGUCUAUGCCAUAUAGUAGUACUCAUUUACACAAACAAACCCUAUUUGACUAUUUGAAACACUUAAAAUGAAAUAUAAGUCAUUUUCAAUUAUUGCCCUGAAAUACAGCCUUCAGUCUUACCUGAUAUUUUUAUGAUUUUUUUUCUACCAAUAUUUCCUAAUCUUGUCUUCAAGUAAUGCUCCUAUAUUAACAGAAUUGAAGGAAUUUUAAGAACAUGCAUUGAAAGAAAUGUUGAAAAUCUACCAAAUAGAAGAAUUUUCAGCAUUUCUGUUUCACUCAGAGGAAACCUUUGAAAAGAACUCCGAGUUCUCUAUAUCUAUUUUGUGUAAACUCAUUUUCACUCAUGCCAUCAAUAAUUGAUAUAUCAAGAUAAUAUGUACAGGUAGAAUGCUUGUUCUUUUCCAGUAAAAUACCAACUUUUCACCCUUUUUAUAAUUUAUCUCUUGCGUGCAGAUAGUCAAAACGUUAGAUGUGCCUUUCUUUGAAUUUGUUGUGAAUAUUCCCCUUCAAAGCUGUGGUAAAAAAAAUAUUUUGUAAAAUCUGUACCCUUUUAGCAACUAUUGCAUUUAGUAUGAAUAUUCCGAGUUAUUCAAUUUUUUUCCCCAUAGAUUGGUGUUUCAGUUGAACUAUUCAACUCUUAAAUUUGAUGUGUUGAAAAUCGAAAUAGCCCAGCUUAGCAGCAUGAGAAGAAAAAUGCCAAGUAUAAUGCAAAUGAUGUUUUCUUUUUCUUAGUGUUUUUCAAAGUGAAUUUGUCAAAAACACAAAGAAAUGAUAGCAUACCCUAAGUAGGGCUGUGAAUUGUCUCGUCUCUCUAAAUCUUCCACUCUUCUUGUCUCCCUCAUGUUCUUGUCUUUUUGUAUAAAAGUACCUCUAUAGGAAAGGAAAGGUGUGAAAACACAAAGUACUCUAAAGAAAUAUUUUUAUUUAAUGUUGAUGUCCAACUGUUGCAGCUUUUAUUGUAUCAUAGACCAUGUCAUUUGUAGAAAGCUGCUGGGAGGAUGUUGUAAACAAGAGAAGUGAUUUUCUGUUAUAGUUGUAACCAUUGUCCAUUGUAAUAAGAAUACUUGGUGAUGUUUUAAAUGGAGCAGUUACACAUAUUGUUUGACAUACAAUUUAAAGUACAAAAGGUAUACGCACAGGUCAUGCAUCCACUGUGUGGUGCAUAGUGGUUGUGCAUACCUUCCAGUGCUAAAUACAUGUAAUAUUGGGCAGUGGGAACACUGCCUCUGUAUAGCUAUAAAUUCCUAUCUCUGUGUACUGCUCUUACUUGAUGCACUGCAUGAUGCACAGAGGUGGUGCAGCUUAGAUUACUUAUCACAGUCAAUGGGAACAGACACAUCAAGCAGUGAGUAUCUCUACAUGGUUGUAUGUGUCAAGAAUUUUUUAAAUUUUACCCCCCCCCCCCUCUCAAUUUGAGGAGAAAAAAGGAUGAACAUGAAAAUCAGAAGUGCAAUAUGAAAAGGAAAGUGUUUUUUUCCUUGUAGGUUGUAAUAAUGUACUGAUAAUGAUCAGUACAAGAUAUUAGCAUGAGAUGUGAUAUACAAUCAUGUAAUAUAGAGAAUUAUUAUUUCUAUUUUUUCUUUUCUUAUAAGUAAUUUUUCUCUCCAAUGUACCAUUUUUAUAUCAGGUGUGGAUUUAUUUUGUUUCUCCCAACUGUGUGGGAUUACUUUAGCUCAGCUGAAAACACGAAAAUAGUUUGUGACCAUAUUUUGCCUUAUGCAUUUUCCUGGUUUUCAACUAUGCAGACUAUUAAAAGAAGUGGUGUGUCUUAAAAACAUAA